AUGUAUACGACAAUAUACACAUCCGCCGUUGAUGGGAUGCAAAAGGAAUUCGAAGUACCCCCAACUAUCAUAGUUUUAGGGUUGACAACCAAUUUGUUCGGCAUUGCCUUUGGGUCAGUACUUCUAUCCUCCGUUUCGGAAAUCUACGGCCGUCGUCCCCUGUAUCUCAUCUCAGUUUUCUUAUUUGGUGUCUUUAUUCUACUCGUGGCUCUCGCCCAAAACGUUGAAACCAUACUUAUUAGUAGGUUUUUCGCGGGCGUUUUCGCGGGCAGUAUAAUGUCCAACUCCCCGGGAAGCGUUACUGACGUGACGGAUGAUCGAUAUCGCGCUUUAGCGAUAAGUUGCUGGAGCCUUGGGGCAAUGAACGGCUCAGUCCUGGGGGCUAUUAUCGGUGGUUUUGUUUACCAGUAUCUUGGUUGGCGCUGGAUAAACUGGCUUGUCCUAAUCUUUUCUGGUGUCAACUUUCUUUUGAUCGCUUUGGUCAAGGAGACCUAUACACCAAGCAUUCUUCGGAAGCGAACCAAGAAGAUACAAGAGGAGACAGGUGAUCAAAGAUGGUGGUGCCAUUAUGAUCAUAAAGAGGUAGUGAACGGAUCUCAGAUUAUCAAGGCAAACUUAGGCCGACCGAUUCGCAUGAUGUUCUUCGAGCCAAUAUGCGUGUUCUGGAACCUCUACCUCGGCGUGGUGUAUGCUGUUCUCUUCCUAUGUUUUGUGGCCUAUCCGAUAGUAUUCAAGGAGCUUCGUGGCUGGGCUCCAGGUCUUGCCGGACUCGGCUACUGUGGUAUUGGAACGGGAUCUGUGAUUGCUGUGAUAUUAGAGCCACUCAUUCGGCGAGUUAUCGCUAUGCAUUCUCCAGAUCCAGGAACAGGACAGCCCGCACCCGAAGCAGCCGUCUUUGCCGUGGGGAUAGGAAGCGUUCUUAUUCCGCUGGGUGAGUUUGCGUUCGCCUGGACCGCACAACCCUCGACAAUCCACUGGAUAUUCCCAAUUCUUGCUGGCAUUCCAUUUGGGCUUGGCAAUUGCCUGGUCUUUAUCUACGCUACCAACUACAUUGCCGGAAGCUAUAGAGAAUAUGCAACAUCUGCACUGGCCGGUAAUACGAUUGUGAGGUUCGGUCUUGCUGGGCUUCUGCCGCUUGCUGGAUCCAAGAUGUACAGCACUUUAGGUGCUAACUGGGCGGGGACGACACUGGCUCUGAUUGAAGUCAUGCUAAUUCCGAUCCCCUUCGUCUUCUACAAAUACGGCCAUAAGAUUAGGAAGCGAAGCCGCCUCAUUGAGAAGAGAUCAGAAGGGCCCGGAUAG